GAUCCGGAAAACGGAGGGGUACUAGGGAGGAAGCGUUUACGGCUACCAACUUUCGCCCAUAUACGCCCCAGCUGAGAUGAAGGCGGAUGGGAACCAAAGGGCCGCACCGGGCUGUCGGAGGUAUCCCGUGAGGGCAGAAGGUGUAGCGCCUCCAGGUUCGACUUGGCCUCUUCCGUAUUGUGGACAACAUGGCUCCGAUCUUGGUACGCAAACGUAAGCUUAAAUGGAAAGCCCCAUUGGUACUUGAUGUGACGGUUCAAGAGGACUGACGUGAAGGGUUUCAUCUGUCGACGUUUCUGGAUGGUGGAUGGUGC